UUUUUAUUGUAUUUGAUUGUCGGUGUGUUUGUGCUAGGUUUAUUGUUUUUUCGUCUUAGGUAAAAAUUGGCGAUGGUUUUUGCUCUGGUGUUUAAGUGAAAUUUCCGUGUACCGCAGCCGCUGUGACAGCUUGUCCGCAUCUGAAGAGCUGUCCGACCUCAAAGGGAAGACGUAAAACCCAUCAACCAACCAAUCUUCAUAUAGUAUACGGUGGCACGUGCGCAUUAGCGGAUCACAGUUUUGGAGAAAUAGGCAUAGCAACCCGCCAAAGCUCUUUUCGAAUUUAAUGUUCAAUUAAAAAUUGAUUUCAACUAACGCUAUUGGUGACGUAUAGAAUCAAUAUGGAACUUGUUCAUAAGAUAGAUGACCAGGGAAAUACCAUCAUAUUCAAGCGGUGUCUGGGUCGAACGUUCGACAGAGAUACCCGAGGUAAUGUUUCCGAUCAGCUGAAAGCCAUAGCAUCGUUUCAGUGCAGGACAGAUGAUGUGCUUCUUUGUACAUUCCCACGUUCAGGUACGCAUUGGGUGUUCAAUAUGGCCAGAAUGAUCCAAACAAAGAAUCUUCAAUACUCGGGAUCACCAGAGAUGAUGGAAUUUCAGGACAUUGGAAUCAUUGACGAGAUGACAUCUCCAAGAAUGUUUCAUACGCAUCUGACCUACCCAUUCAUCCCUAAGGCUGCAAAAGAUGGACAACUGAAAAUCAUUUACGUGAUUCGGAAUCCAAAGGACGCUGCCUGUUCAUACUUCACCUUUCAAUCUAAAAUCGAAAACACUUGUUAUAGUGGGAAUCUGGACGGAUAUGUAGACGCAUUUUUGUCUGAAGAGUUCAUUGGAUCUGGUGGAUCAUGGUUUACACACACGAGGGAAUGGAACACUGCGAAGUUGACCAAUCCUAAUCUGAAGAUAUUGUGUCUCAGAUUUGAAGAUCUAAAACAGAACCUGUAUCAGAAUAUCGUAAAGAUAGCAGAUUUUUUAGAAGUCGAUCGCGAGGAAAGUUUUCUAAAAAAAGUGGAGCAAACUGUUGCAUUUGACAAUCUAAAGAAGCAGCACGCAACAAGUGCAGGUGAGAGUGAGCUGUGGAAACAUCUUGGAGAUAAAGGAAGGAUGCCGAUAUAUAAGAAAGGAAUCGUUGGUGAAUGGAAGAACAUGCUCACCGUGGCACAGAAUGAAAAGUUUGAUAAAGUCUAUAAAGAAAAGAUGAGUGACUUGGCCAUUAAAAUUAAUUUAGAGUACGAGUGAAUCAGGAUGUUCAUGCAUUCUUUUCCUCGUUAUUUUCUAUAUUUAUCAACAAUAUAUGUAGACAUGCAAGCUCAAAGUAAUUUGCAAUGUAUAAUAUGUUCCGUUACAAAAUCGUCUUCAAUUAUUACCGAAGUUACCCGAAUGAAGUAUUUUGGAUAAAUAAUUGGACGUCUAUUUCCAUCUGUUGACGACAAAGCAUGAAUUAUCUGACAUUAAAAUAUAACAUAUAUUUACUGA